CGACAGUCGAAGUGGGAAUAACGACGGACUUUCUGCUCAGCAAAGAUAUUAUUCGUAUAAUUAGUGUGAGGUUAUGGCUAUAUUUGAUGACUGCUCUGUGGUUUUGGACCUGAAGAAUGUCUCUUAUAAAGAGAAGAAGAAGUUAAUGUCAGCUAUAUUAGACAAUGGAGGGAACAUAGCAUAUGUCGUGAACCAGAAGUGUUCCUUUGUGGUGGUGACCAGCCUAGAGAACCUAAGCUGCAGCAAGCAGAGGACUGUUCUGAAACACCAGACACCAGUGGUCAGCCCACAGUAUGUGUGGAGCUGCCUGGAAAAACAGACGUUACUUCCUGUUGAGAAGCAUAUUUUAAAACCACAGGGCUCAGAGCCAACACCUGAACAGCUUUCACAAGCAGGGCUGAAGGUGUCCUUCCAGUUAUCAAAAGGACUGAUGUCCAAAGCUCACCAGCAGGAGCAAUCAGAGGUUCAGGCACAUGAUGGCACAUACCUGAUAGAACCCAGAUUUUGGAAGGAAAAUAAUCCUAAUGUAUCAGAAUUCCCCUCACAUUUUCAAGUUGCCAAAUACUCCAUUUUCAGCAAGCUCAAUAAAUGGUCAGUCCUCGAGCUACAGAGUGCCAAAGGCCAAGCUGGGCAGGAGUAUCGUGUUGUGAAGUCUGUCGUGCAUGAGGAUGAGAAGACUGUAAUGAUUGAUAAGGAGAUGCGCAGCUCCAGCUCUGAGGAUGCUCUGGACAUGUAUCUCAUAAUGAAUAAAGAGCUGCAGGACCAAGGCUUUACACAGACACAAACACUUCCUUCAUGGGCCGAAAAACUGGCCUCCAAUGGCCUCCAGCAGCUUUUGUUGGAGGAGAAGCUAAACUGCGGUACAGUCUCACAGGAAGUAGGUGUCUUUUUGGAACUCAUCUGGAAAGAAGCUCUUGGUUCACUAAACAACAUCCUGAAUGUCCCUGUCACCAGCAUCAGUCUCAAUGAUGUGAGCAGGGUUGAAGGUUUGCUGCUGCAGGCACAAAAAAAUCAGAACGAGGAUGUGGUCGCUGCUUUACUGGAUGAGGUCAACACCCUGUUACCUCUUAAUAUACCAGAGCCUGAUUCUAAAAACAAGCUUGUGUCUCAGAAACUCGAUCUCUGCCAGCUAAUCCGAGACAUCCUAAACAUGACUGAGCUGACUUUGGGUAACCCAGAUCCAUCCUCUCUGGGGAAGUAUCGUGCCCUGAGGUGCAGUGUAGAACAGAUGGCCCCGGAAAGUCCAGAGUUUCGGUCUGUCAGCCAGCUUUUACAGGAUAGGCCAGCUCAGGUCCAGCAGAUACUGCGUGUGAAUCGAGGGGCAGAACUUCAUAUGUUUAAAGAGGAGCUGGGUAACGUUAGGAACCUUCUUCAUUCCAGUGCUCCCAGCAGCUUUGUAGGAAUCCUGUCACGGGGUUUGUUGUUGCCAAGGGUUGGAGUAGAGCAGCAUGGUAUUCAAAGAACAGACAUCGGAAAUCUGGGAGGCGGCAUCUACUUUAGUGACUCCCUAAGCACUUCUGUUAAGUAUUCCAAGCCCAGUGAGACCGAUGGCACCCGGCUUCUGCUGGUGUGUGAAGUGGCUCUUGGUCAGUGUAAAGACAUGCACACUAGGGACUUCACUCUGACCUCUGCUCCAGAGGGAUACAACAGUGUGCACGGAGUCCGCAAGAGCCAAAAAAUGCAUUCUGAUUUUGAGGAUGAAGAAUAUGUGGUGUAUAAUACAGACCAGGUCAGACUGAAAUAUGUUGUUCAGUACUCACUGGAGGAGGAUCAGGUGAAGGAGUUUCAGCCUCACAUUGACACAUUUGUCAACUGGCAUUCUUCACCAGGCCUUGACGUCUGCUUAUUUAGUGAUGAAGGAGAGGGUUUGGGUGUGACUAAGAACCCUCUGGAGAACGUUACUGCUGGUUUGUUGAACAGCAUUGGUCAGACACUCCCUCUGCAAGCUGUCCAUAUAAGGUGUAAGCUUAUGGACCUGCUCUCCCAGGUCAUCAUUUUCCAGACUUAUACAAACAACAGUGAUGUUCCUAUAGAGGCGAAGUAUGUGUUUCCUUUAGAAGAGACAGCAACAGUGUGUGGUUUCGAGGCCUUUAUUAAUGGAAAGCACGUUAUUGGAAAGGUCAAGGAAAAGGAACAGGCUCGUAAAGAAUACAAGCAGGCUAUAGAAAAAGGCCAUGGAGCCUACCUGAUGGACCAGGAUGCACCUGAUGUGUUCACCAUUAGCGUAGGGAAUCUCCCCCCAAGAGCCACAGUGCUGAUCAAAGUGACCUUCAUUACCGAGCUGGUUGUCAGAGCAGGCAACAUCGUCUUCUCUCUGCCGGGCAGCGUGGCUCCGUGGCAGCAAAGUGCUGCACUGAAUCAGAAAACACAGUCUACUGUUGAAAAAAUCUGUGUGAACGAGCUUCAGCCAGAUGGAGAAUUCUCUUUGAGCAUGUCCAUUGAGAUGCCUUAUGAAAUCCAAAACCUGGAGUGCUCACAUCGCAUUAAAAUCAAGAAAACAGAUUGUAAUGCUGUCGUGAACACACUACCGGAACAGACUCUCAGCUCUGAUGGUUUCCAGCUCAGCUUUACUCUGUCACAGAUCCAUAUGCCGAGAAUGUGGGUGGAGAAACAUCCAGAGAAGGAUACUGAGGCCUGCAUGCUGGUGUUUUAUCCACAAUUCGAGAGCGGUGAUGCUUCUUUAUCAGGUGUGAGUGAUGUGGUAAUUGUGCUGGACACAUCAGAGUCCAUGCGAGGAGAGGCCAUGCUAAACGCACGCAGGCUUGCUCUGAAGGUUCUUAACUCACUGGAUCGUUCACUGAAGGUCAACAUCAUUCUGUUUGGGACAGAUUACAGACAGGCCUUUCCAUCACCGAUGGUGCUUCAGGAGGCUUUUGCAGAAGCCAAGAAUUUUAUUAUGUCCUCAUCUGCCAUUGGUGGCAGCACCGAGCUGUGGAGACCUCUGCGCAGCCUGAACUUACUGCCUCCUUCUCAUGGUAUCAGGAAUGUGCUGAUUCUUUCUGAUGGGCAUGUGCAAAACCAGCCACAGACCCUGCAGCUGGUCAGAGAAAACGCCAAGCACACACGACUCUUCACCUGCGGCCUCAGCCCAACAGCUAAUCGUCACAUGCUGAGAGCCCUGGCACAGGCAGGUGGUGGAGCCAAUGAGUUUUUUGACACAAAGACGAAACACACCUGGGCUGAGAAGGUGAAUUCUCAGGUGAGGUGCAUGUCAUCUCCAGGCUGCAGUUCAGUGGCAGUAAAGUGGCAGCAGUUCAAUUUGGCAGCUCCGCCUCCUCUUCAAGCUCCCUCACAGCUCUGCGCACUCUUCAGUGAAUGUCACACUCUGGUUUACGGCUUUGUGCCGCACUGCACUCAGGCUACCCUGUUCGGCGAUCUGAGUGGGCAGGAAAUCCAGACAAUGGUUUCUACUACAGAACUGCAGAAGACUAAAGGAACGUUCCUUCACAAGCUAACAGCAAGAGCAGUCAUCAGAGACUAUGAGGAUGGCAGUCUUGCUUCUAGUGAGGCAGAACAUGAGGAAAAGAAAGCAGAGCUGAAAUCCUACAUUAUUGAGCUCAGUAAGGAGUUUUCCAUUCUGUCCCAGUUCACCAGCUUUGUUGCCAUCGAGGAAAGGGACCAGGACCAGCCUGACUCUGGUUUCACUGAUGUUCCUAAGAUCAUUGCCGAAGAGGAUGUGGAUAUUCUGCCGUACAUUGGCUGGACAGAUGAGGAGAAGGAAGAGCAAAUACUUUGUGAUGAUCUAGAAGAAGAGGAAGAAGAAGAAGAAGAGGAAGAUGAGUUUGAUUAUUGUAGUGCUGAUGCAUAUGAUGGUGAAAUGUUGUUUGGCUCAUGUGGUUUUUCAUACAAGGAACUGACUGAAGAGGUUCCUAAAAUGUCUCUCAAGAUGGACACAUCAAUUGCAUUGGAAGCAUUUGGAGCAUCACUUUCUUCUGAGCCUGUGUUCCAACAAGAGGCUCUACAAUUAUUUGACGAAACACCUGAAUCUCAGGGCCCCUCUUCUAUUCCAACAUUACCCCAUGCUCCUAGCUCUGUAUUUAGAAAAUCCUAUAUUGGAUCAGUAAGGUCUAAGGCUUGUACAAUUGACCUAAAUGGGCCCAAGUAUCAUGAUGAUUAUAAUAAACCAACUGGUUUUGGAGCAUCAUCUUCUGCAUUCGGCCGUUCUGCAGCUGGUUUUGCUUGGAAAAAGAGAGAUGCUCCUUCUUUGGCGUCUGCUGCUCAAUACAGGUCUUUUGCUGCUCCAUGUCCUCCUCCUCCUUCCUUUUCUAAUCUCUUUUCUACUGAUUCUCAAUACAUUUCUACUGCUCUUCCAUGUCCUCCUCCUCCUCCUCCCUUUUUUUCUCUUCUUUCUCUUAAUACUCAGUGCAUUUCUACUGCUCCUCCAUGUCCUCCUCCUCCUCCUCCUCCAUUUUCUUCUCCUAUUCCUCUUGAUUUGUCCUCACACGGCUAUGCUCCUCUCAUAGCUGGUCCUGCUCCUCUCAUAGCUGGUCCUGCUCCUCCCAUAGCUGCUCUUGCUCCUCUCAAAACUGGUCCUGCUCCUCUCAUAGCUGGUCCUGAACAUCUCAUAGCUCGUCCUUAUCCUCUCAUAGCUGAUCUUGCUCUCAUGGCUGGUCCUCCAGGUCUUUCUUCUCCCACUGUAUACGAGUCAAAGAAACGUCACAAAAAAUGCAGGUCUCAACCUGAAAUAGACAUGCCACGCUCAUAUCAUACAGAUAAAGCAUACCUCAGACAGACUGUAAUUCGUAUGGACUGUCUCAAAGACAUUUCAUAUGGAAUUCUCAAAGCAGCUCCUCGGGAGUGCAGCAUAAUGCAGAGCGACGAAAGGCCAGAACAAUUCAGAAGACCUGACGAGAUCAACUGGGAAGAGCUUUUUGACCUUCAACAACAGGAAGGUUACUGGGAAUGCAGUGGUGCUCUGAGUAGAUUCCUGGGCCUGGAUGUUGACUUCUUUGCCAAUGUCUUCCUGAAAGAGAAAGGCAUCUGUUCCUUGGGUGCAAAGGCCCAUACUGACAUCUUGAGGCUGGUGGCCACAAUGCUGGUGCUGCAGCUGAUACGGGUGAUGAAGACAGCAGAAGGGGAGCUGUUCCAGUCUCUUUUCCGCCUUGCUGAAUACCCCGAACCCAGGCCGACAUACUGGGAUGCAGUAAAGAGAGCGGUGGACUGGGCGUGCACGACAGACAGACAGUACCCGUGUGUGUGCAGUAGACUGGAGCUUGGCUGGAACUGGGAGUCCUGCACACGCCAGCUGCUGGGUUUGGACUCACUUCCUACCUGCUCUUCUCUGAAUGCUGUGCUUCAGAGAAACAAAGGCCUAACAGUCAUGUAGAAUUUAGACUUCCAGUUUAGCACUGCUUCUCUGGAGCUUCAGUUAUAUCAGGAAGUUUAAAGAUUUGUUGAAAAAACUAUUUGAUAAAAAUAAUUGCACUGCUGGUUUACAACAUAUCCAAUCUAUAUUUUGAUCUACAUUGUUUAAGGCAAUUAUUGGGUUUCACUUUCUCAGUAGCUUCAAAAUUCAUCCAGCAGUUACUCUUAUUCUAGAAACUGGCCACCAUGACCACCAGAGAGUGGAUAAUUAUUUAUUUUUCAUACAUGCAUGUUUACCUGGGUAUUAAUCUGGGUAUGUGUUGUGUAAAGCAGUGGUCCCUACAGUGGGCCGCACAGAAAGAAUAAAUAAUUAGAGAUCGCUAAAAAAGCAAUGAAAUUUCCAAAACACUUCGGGUGUUUUUCUCUUUUAUCACCCCUAGGUGGGAGCAGCAUGUUAUUGCUGCGAAAAAAAAGCUUAAAGCUCAUCACUUGUAAUUUGUAUAGUUAUUUUAUUUUAAAUCCCCCUGCCCCCGCCGGCCCAUGAAAUUAUAUCUUAUAUGAAACUGGUCCGUGGUGUAAGGGCACCAAAAAUAAGUCAACUGGCAUUUACCAGCUCAAUACCUGGAAAAACAACAGUUCUGUUAUUAUAACAAAUGUAAAAAAAAAGAAUAUAUAUGCUUAAAAUAGCUAUAUCUACCGUCAGCUUUACUUCUGCUAUUAGUCGUUAGUUAUGCAGUCAAAGUUUAAGUUCAGUGCUCUCCUACAGUGUACAAAUUAGAUUUGUUAUAGGUUUGAUUUUCUAUAAUUACUGUUUGUUUGAAAUGUGGUCCUUUUUUAUUAUAGGAAUGUCUACUUCUGUGUUUCUAUGUUAUAGGCACGUUAUUGUGGUGGUGUGAUCUAUUGUUUCAAUUAACUGCUCUUUUGAUUGAAGUAGUUGGAUAGGUUUAUGACUUCUAUGAUUUAUGAUUUUAUGUACUGUUUGAAUGUGCACUUUACAUUUACAUUAUCAGCAUUUAGCAGACACCUUUAUCCAAAGUGACUUACAUUAGUUACAGUAUACAGUCUGAGCGAUUAAGGGUUAAGGGCCCAACAGCAGCAACCUGGCAGUAGUGGGUCCAGUACCUUAACCACUAGGCUACAGCUGGCCCUAUGUGGUGUAUUGUUAUUUGCAAAUAUACAAAUUGUGUAUUUGUGAUUAUGUUGUUUACGCAGCCCUAAUGGAAGCACUGCUGGUUUGAGUGCAUGUGGUUUAUUUGUAGUAUUAAAAAUAAAUCCACUAGAGGGCAGAUCAGCAGCAAAACCUCCUUACCGUCUUAUACACAAUAUGGCUAUAAGGUACUGUAUGUAGACACCUGACCAUGACCUUGUAGGACGUCCCAUUCCAAAACCAUGGGCAUAGAUUUAGUAGUAUCAACUGUUCUCGGAAACAGUGUUUCUGUUGGGAUUUGUGCCCAUUCAGUCAGUCAAAUCACACACUGAUGUUGGACUGGAAGGCCUGGCUUACAAUCCAUGUUUAAUUCAUCCCAAAUGUGUUCAAUUGGGUUGAUACCAGGGCUCUGUGCAGGCAACUGGAGCUCCUUCUUUGCAGACAACUAAUCAAUCGAUGUCUUUAUAGACCUUGAUUUGUGCUCAGGGGCAUAAUCAUACUAAAAGAGAAAUUGGAUUUCUUCAAACUGUUGCCACAGUGUUAAAAGCAUAUAAUUUAACUUAUAUUACUUUAUACACCUGUAAGCAUUGGAUAAGGCAGAAACAACUAAAUUCAACCAUUAGGAGGGGUGUCCACAUACCUUUGGCCAUGUGUUGUAGCAGGUCAAACAACAUUAUAAUAAACUCACUAUUAAUUUCCUAUUAAUGUCACUUAUCUUGAUAUACUGGCGCCACUGUUAAUGUGUACUUGUUGAUAUCAAGUACAGUCCCAGACAAAAUCUUUAUAAUAUAAAAAUGAGGAACAUUUAUAGACAUUUAUAGUCAUUUUAAAAUGGGCUUGUAUUGUAGCUUUGAGGCUAAUGUACCUAAGAAGUGAAGCGUGUGGCAUCCAGUGUAGCAUCUCACAAACUGCAUGCCCAGAUGAUCACACACAAGCCAUAAACAUAAAAAUAAUAUGUUUCAUUUUUAUAGUGCCUUUCCCAAACUUAGGGGGCACUAAUAAACAUUAUUACAUGAUCUAAAAUAGCAAUUUUUUGGCUAAAUCUGUUGCUUUCUUAAUGUGUUUGUUAAAGUAAUUUUCACUUAAGAGUAACAGUGCACUUAUUUUAAAUGCAAUUGUUUUGUGUUUUAAUUGUUGUGUUUUAAUUACGUCCAAGUUCAGAUCUCAGCUUUGCAUCUGACUGGCCAGGCACCUAAACACAGAAGAUUGGCUGUGUCUGUUGGGAGGGUUGGUCGAAGGGAUUUCUCUUUAUUGCUGCAAUUAUAGCUUCUGCUGGCUGGUCAAUGCCACAUGUACAAAAUGGUCAGUGAUGGAGAGCAGUAUGUGAUACUGCUCUCUGUGUAAAUCCAUCUUUGGCAAGUAAAAAAAGAGGUUAGCAACUGUAUGCGUGUCUAAGAAGGCGUGUGAUGGGUACAGCCCACCUCCAUCAGGGUAGGAGUCCACAGCAGUAAAGGAGAUACCACUGGGUAAUUGGAUAUGACUAGAUUGGGAGAAAAAGGGGGGCAGACAUAAGAAGAACUUUUAAAAUCUGUAAACAGUAGUACGGUCUUUUUGUGUAAGGUUUAUUUGUACACAUUAAACAUGUACUUUUUACCCUCA